AUGCGUACAGCCCGCCUUCUCGCUUCCUACCAGCGAUAUGCCUCCGCGCCGACGUCGCAGUACAUGCGCCGUUUGCCAUUGAUCAUGUAUCCGCACACCGCGGACUUGGCCAACGCACCCAAACGUGCGACACGACGCUUGCGGCGUGCCCAGACGCGUAACACAGGGACCCACUGCAGAUGGCUGCGGUUCUCGGGCGUCGCAGAGUGCUUUGGUUCCAUCGCCGGUCACGCUCGCGACGAGGCUCAGUAUGCGACUAUAGCUCUCGAAGUAUACCGUACAAUACGUAUGGUCCUGGUGCGUCUCAGCCGCGAUAUCCGCGUCAUGACUCACAGCGCCCCCUCCCGUGUCUCGUCACGUCGCGAGAUCGGCGUCCAACAUGUGGCAUGCACGACCCUCGCCUGUUCGCCCGCACGCCCGUCCCCGGACUCUCGAUCGAUGCCUAUCACCCCCUCUGCCGCAGUGAUUCUAGUCGCAGAACGGCAUCCUCGCCAGAAGGCGCGGUCGACCGGCUUCUAG